UCUGCCGCACAGGCUUCCGUACAGUCCCUCUAAUCAUGGCUGCUCCCAUGUGCUGGGUUUGAGCAAACAGCUAAACAAGCAACGCAGCAGAUACGCCGAGAGAUCAGAAUACCUUGGUAUUGUGGGACAAUUAGACCCUUAAUAAACCGGAAAAGCAGAGUCCGAGUGGCGGAAGUGUCACAGUGUCUGUUUUUGCAGAUUCCACCUUAUGCUGGUGCGGACAGCCAGGCUUCUCCCUCUCAUCAUCUCCUGUCGGUUGCAUCCUUCCCUCUCUUAUUCAGUUCCCAGGAGGAGACGGAGUUCUAUGGAUCCCUAUGUUACCAAUAUUGACCCCUCAGGCACACCAGCUGAAUCUCCAGCGGCCGGGAGUAGUUCUGAUGCAAUGCAUGGUGCGGAGGAAUCAUCUGCCGUGGACCUGUUACCCGGAGAGACUGUUGUCAAAGAGGGAAAGGCUACCAUCUUGUUUCCUAACGCCAAUGAAGUGUUUUACAACCCAGUCCAAGAGUUUAACAGGGAUUUAACAUGUGCUGUGAUCACGGAGUUUGCUCGAGAACUGAUGGGCCAACGUGGGGUGAAGGUGCUCGUCCCUGGAGAAAAAGAGAGGGUGGUGGUCUCCCUGUCGGAGGAGGCAAGUGAUGCCGACAAACAGGUGGUGGAGAAAAACGGCGCAGAAGUGCCCGAAGAUACUGCAAGAGUAGGGGAAAAAUGUGAGAAAGGUCUUCGUGUCCUGGAGGGCCUCGCAGCCUCCGGUUUGCGCUCAGUGCGUUUUGCUCUCGAGGUGCCCGGCCUGCAGAGUGUCACAGCCAACGACUUCUCCUCCAAAGCGGCGGCGCUGAUCGCACGGAACGCAGAGUGCAACAGAGUCAGCCACCUGCUGCAGGCCAGCUGCAGGGAUGCCAGCAUGCUAAUGUACGAAAUGCGAGGAAAGAAAGAGAGAUAUGAUGUUAUUGAUCUGGAUCCCUACGGAAGCCCUGCAGCUUUCCUGGAUGCGGCAGUACAGGCUAUCAGUGAAGGAGGUCUGCUGUGCGUAACGUGCACAGACAUGGCCGUGAUGGCGGGAAACAGCGGAGAAACCUGCUACAGCAAAUACGGUUCAGUCUCCAUCAAAGCCAAAUACUGUCAUGAGAUGGCUCUUCGUGUCAUUCUCCACAGUUUGGACCAGCGGGCCGGAGUGUACCAACGAUACAUCCAGCCGAUGCUGUCCAUCAGCGCUGACUUUUACAUUCGGGUCUUUGUAAGAGUCUUCACAGGACAGGCUACUGUGAAAAACUCCGCCAGCAAACAGGCUUUGGUGUACAAUUGUGUUGGCUGCGGCUCCUUCCACAUGCAGAGAAUGGGCAGGAGAAUAAGCAACGGAAAACACAUGAAGUAUUCUGCUGCCACGGGACCCCCCGUUGGACCAGAGUGUGAGCACUGCGGACAGAGACACCAGCUGGGUGGUCCGAUCUGGGCUGAAGCAAUCCACGACCGGGAGUUUGUUCAGAAAGUUUUAGCCGCCGUGUCCGGGAACCCUUCCAGAUUUGGAACGUCCAAACGUGUUGAAGGCAUGCUCAGCAUGGUUACUGAGGAGUUGGAAGACGUGCCUCUUUACUACACAGUGGACAAUCUGAGCAGCACAAUUCACUGUAAUACUCCUUCCCUGCUCCAGUUUAGGUCUGCUCUCCUUCAUGCUGGUCACAGGGUCUCUCUUUCUCACGCUUGUAAAAACGCGGUUAAGACAGACGCUCCUCCUGGAGUCAUCUGGGAUCUCAUGCGAUGCUGGGAGAAAAUGAAUCCUGUAAAGAAGGAGAAGUUAUCUCAGACCAGUCCUGCGUUCAAGAUCCUCUCCACUGAACCUAGCCUAGAAGCCUGCUUCACUGUAAGAGAGGAUGCGAACCCUCAGUCUCGUAAACGUCAUUUGACCCGGUUCCAGGAGAAUCCUCAGGCCUUCUGGGGGCCUAAAGCUCGGGCCAAAGCAGGUGGUGGUAUCAUUACUGAUCUUCAAGACAAGAGGAAGAAGUUCCAGAACAAAAGAAAGAACCAAAUCACAGACUCUUCACAGUUAAAGAGCUUUCCCUGCAAGAAGUUCAAACAGGGAAUGUGCACACAUGGAGACAACUGCAGCUACUCUCACAAUGCGGAGCAAAAACGUGAUGAGAAAACUGAGUGAUCUCCUAGUUAUUUCUGUUUUAAUUCUAAAGGAAAUUUUUUUUUUAGCUUAAAUGGCCUGGAUGGAGUCAGGAUACUCCAAGGUUCAAUUCUUUGAACUCUAACUGAAUGGAAAGAAUCUCCUUAGUUUUACAUCAGUAGUUUUUUUUUAAAAACAUGUAUUCCAUCUAAAUUAAGUCAUUGCUUUAACUUUAAGUUACAAGAACUUGCUGCAUAUCUGUAAAGGUAACAGGUCUCAGAAUUGUCACCGUUUAAGAUAGAAUUUGUGCAAGUAUUAAACAGGUUCAGUAAACAGCUUUGGAAAUAUUUGAUUUCACACUUGCACACAGAAAACAACCAAGGUGGGUCCUCAGCUUUUAAUGAAAGCUUUAUUUUUUAUUGAGACUUCAGAGACAAACGUCUGAAGGGAUUCGGAUCAUUUGAAACGGUCUCCACCAACAGCAGCAUGUACAUAAACUCAGAUGUUAAAAUAUGGGAGGCACCAAGAAUAACAUCAGAUGUAAAUUACAUUUUUUUUUUUAUAAGAAGAUGCUUGUUGAGCAGUAAAAAACAUAUACAUACAUGACUAGAGAAAAAAGUUAUUUAUUACACAUGUUCAGGAUAAUUUGGCACCAGUUGGUGAUAUCCUGUACUUGCUUCUUUGAUUUGUUUACAAAUGCACAUAAAUUUCACAGUGCAGAAGAUAAGGAAUAGAGAUUUGAAUAGAGAAUAUCCCUCAGCUGCCCUGUUUGUAGUAAAUGAAGGUGAAAUAACAGGAAUGUACAAAGUGUGUUCCAGCAGUGUUCUGAAAUAUUUUAUUUUCCAAGUCUGAAGAAUUCAGAGGAAAAAAAAAUCUUUAUUCUGUUACUUUAAAUAUGGAUCUAAUUAAACAAAUUGUAUUAUUGCAUGGAUUUAUGUGUAGAUCAUGUCCUCUAUCAGGAAAAAACCAAAUCAUUGGUUUAUUUGGUUUUUGACUGACAGAACCCACAGAUAAAUGCAGUCUUUCAUUAAGGAUAAUUUCACCACGGUUUGGCCCUUGAAACUCAACUGCAGUUGAAACCUGACAGGAUUCUUCAAGUGGUUCUGGUGUAGAUGAAACACUGUGUGCAUUUUGUUUAUAUUUGCAACCAAAAUAAAAUAUGAAAAGUG